AUGCCCAGCGAGCUGAGGGAGAAGUCGGGUCUGCAUUUCUUGCAGCUGCCGGCCGAGAUCCGUAACAAUAUUUACGAACAUGCACUCGUGUCUUCCGAGCCUGUUCGUGGCGACGUGAAGCCACACCGAAACAAUCUCGCACUCAAGAUUCUCCGUCUGAACUGCCAGAUCUGGUGUGAAGCAAAUGUCAUGCUGUACGCCCGGAACGUCAUCGAUAUCUCGCAUAUAACCAGCUGUGUCGAGUUUGGGAACCUGUUGACAGGCAUGGGCGCUUUUAAUGUCUGUCUCCUCCGCCAUAUCAGGAUCCCGUUUCCAAGGAUCCACCACUAUUCUCGUGCCGCUUUCCAGGAUGAUUAUCGCUGUGCGCUCUCCGGAAGUCCGUUCAUCCACUUCGACCUCUCCAUUCUUGCCAAUCUGGAGACAAUCACAUUCGCUAUCGAGUCGUCAACCCUUGCGAAUAACGAAGUCGACACAUACGAUCUCGUCGAGGUCAUGCGUCCUGAGAUCAUCGAGAUGAAUGAAUCAUUCCGGAGAUCUCCUCGCCUCAGGGAAAUCGUCAUGGAAACCCACCCUGAUCAUGUGAGCGAGGAGUGGCGGCAGGUCUUGGAAGGUUGCGGAUGGGUGAUUAAGGAGGUCUUGUUUCCAUUCGAAGAUUCUCACUCUGAGCUGUCUUCAGACGACUCUUGUACUGAUGGGGAAUCGUCUGAUGAGGGUGAUUCCGCCGACGAAAACGAUCUCCAGCAUGCUAGGUACGAAGACGACAGCGAUCCCCAGCAUGCCAGGAACGACGAUAACGACUGGGUACCUUACGACGCCCUAUGA